GACAUUGCUGCUCUCCUUAAAAGCUCACACACACACACACACACACACUAAUGUAGGCAGACACACACACACACACGGCAGAUUGUCCUCUGCUCAGUUAUUGCUCUUUUCUUAAAAUCCUUUGCGGAGCCUUGUCCUCCAUCCUCUGAGCAAGAGGACAAGAGAGACACAGAGAGAGGAGGAGGGAAAGGACGAGGAGGAGGAGGAGGGGAGGCAGUAACCCUCUCCUCUCCGUUUCUCAGAUACAGCAGAAAGGGAUAGGGAGAGGAAAGGAAAAAGAAAGAGGAGAAAAGCAGCUUUCUGUUCUAUUCCUGCCGUCUCCUGUGGUCCCUUGGCCAGCGAGCGGCUAACAGGCACCUCUCAUGUCCGUGAAUUCGGAGAAAUCCUCGUCCCCUGAAAGGCCUGAGACCGAGCAGAAAGCCCCAGUGAGCGCCCCUCCUCCCCCGCCACCCCCUCCACCUCCCCCUGAGCCGACGGGGCCCCCGGAGCAGGAGGAGGAGAUCCUGGGCUCCGAUGAUGAGGAGCAGGAGGACCCCGCCGACUACUGCAAAGGAGGGUACCAUCCGGUGAAGAUCGGGGAUUUGUUCAAUGGAAGGUACCAUGUGAUCAGGAAGCUGGGGUGGGGCCACUUCUCCACCGUAUGGCUUUGCUGGGACAUACAAGUGAAGAACUUUGUGGCGAUGAAGGUGGUGAAGAGCGCCCAGCAUUACACGGAGACGGCCCUGGACGAGAUCAAACUGCUGCGAUGUGUGAGAGAGAGUGACCCCGGCGACCCCAACAAAGACAUGGUCGUCCAACUGAUAGAUGACUUCAAGAUCACCGGAAUCAAUGGCAUACAUGUGUGCAUGGUGUUUGAGGUACUGGGUCACCACCUGCUGAAGUGGAUUAUUAAAUCUAACUACCAAGGUCUGCCACUGGUGUGUGUCAAGAGCAUUAUCCAACAGGUCCUGCAGGGUCUGGACUACCUCCACACAAAGUGUAAAAUCAUCCACACGGACAUAAAGCCGGAGAACAUCCUGAUGUGCGUAGAUGAUGCAUUCGUUAGGCGCAUGGCCAUGGAGGCAACCGAGUGGCAGAAGGCCGGAGCCCCACCGCCCUCUGGAUCUGCAGUUAGCACAGCCCCUCAGCUCAAACCGGUGAGUAUAACAGAUGCGGGGAAGAUUUCCAAGAACAAGAAGAAGAAGCUGAAGAAGAAACAGAAGCGGCAGGCGGAGCUGCUGGAGAGGCGGAUGCUGGAGAUCGAAGCCCUGGAGAGAGAGGCAGAGAAAAAGGAAGAGAGCGUCAAAGAGGGGGAUGAUAAAGAGGCACCUGAGCACAACCGGCCUUCAUCUCUGCAGACAGCGGCGCUCGGCCCCAGCAUGGCACUGGGAGAGAGCGACGAGGAUGACGACGAUGAGGAGGAUGGGGAAGACGAAGAGGAGGAGGGAGGAGAGAGGGAGAGGCCCACCAGGUUGACGAAUCAUACAUGCGCAGCACCUCCUCAGGAGCAGAUCGAGGUACCCACCAUCACCGCAGACGACCCUGAUGAGGAGGCGGAAGAGGAGGACGAGGAGCCCACGCCUGUCGCUGAAAAAGAUGCCCCCAUUCCUCCCCCCACCCCAGAGGAAGGUAGUGGAGAUACAGCACCAGCAGAGGUAGAGGAAGAGGAGCAGGAAGAAGAUGAGGAGGAAGAUGAGGAGGAGGAGGAGGGAUUGAAAGGGACAGAGGAAGAAAAUGAUGAAGAGGACGCACAGGAGGAAGAGAGGGUAGAGGAGGAGGAAGGCGAGGAGAGGGCGGAGGUGGAGAAACAGACUGAAAAAGGGGAGAAUGAGAGAGAGGCGCCAAAGAGUGACAGCAAAACAGAGGAGGAGUCCGUGUUGGAAAAAAAGGAAUCAAAGGAGCAGGACGGAGAGAAUGAGGAAGAUCAGGAGGAAGAAGAGGAUGAUGACGACGACGAGGAAGAUGAUGAUGACGACACGACAGCUGACCUCCUUACGGACAACUCCCCCCCUAUCAAACCCCAGAACAAUAAAACCAACUCAGCCAAAACCAACGGUCACGUUUUGUUAGGGUCUGAUGUACUGAAACCAAACCCUGGCCUCCCUCCGCCACCCUCGCCAACCCCCGAUCAUCUCCUCUGCCCCCUGGUGGAGUCUGAGCUGAGCUACACGGACAGGGAGAUCUCUGUCAGCUCUGGUUAUGAGAUGUACAACGGCGACCUGGGCGCACCGGGGCUAACCAACGGAUCCCGAGAGCCACAUCAGGGCGCGAGGCCCAUCUUUCCCGACUUGCCCCUGGAUCCUGAGCCAGGAAACCCUGUAAUGGUUGGGACAGCAGAGAUCGGAGCGGGGCGGUCUCCCAACAGCCCGGCUGACCGCAGUCGCACUGUGUCGUCCUCGAGCACAGGGGACACACCCAAAGUGAGGGCCAGAGCUGCCGACCUCCUGAUCAACCCACUGGAUCCUCGCAACGCGGAAACUAUUCACGUCAAGAUCGCUGAUCUUGGAAAUGCCUGCUGGGUGCAUAAACACUUUACCGAGGACAUCCAGACGAGACAGUACCGCUCUAUUGAAGUCCUGAUAGGAGCUGGUUACAGCACUCCUGCAGAUAUCUGGAGCACUGCCUGCAUGGCAUUUGAGCUGGCUACAGGAGAUUACCUUUUUGAGCCCCACUCUGGAGAGGACUACUCCCGUGAUGAGGACCACAUAGCUCACAUCAUAGAGCUGCUGGGCUGUAUUCCGAGGCACUUUGCACUCUCCGGAAAAUAUUCCCGGGAGUUCUUCAACAGAAGAGGUGAGUUACGGCACAUCACCAAGCUCAAGCCGUGGUCCCUGUUCGACGUGCUCGUGGAGAAGUACGGCUGGUCGCACGAAGACGCCAGCCACUUCACCCACUUCCUGAUGCCCAUGCUGGAGAUGGUGCCCGAGAAGAGGGCCUCGGCCGGCGAAUGCCUCAACCACCCCUGGCUCAACUCGUAGCUACGAACUCCGAUCGGACAUCCUCUUCCCCUCGUCCCUCCCCCGACAGUUAGCCCGAACAUCACCCCCUGUGGGCAGACUGUGGAACAACGGUAUGGCGAGAAGAUGGCGACAAGUCAGCGUAGAUGAGAAUUACUUCAUCUUUACUGCCCGAUCCUAGACGUGCACCCUUACUCGCUUAUCUGACGAGGCCUAACUCCUAGACAGCUCCCUCCAUCUUCUCCUUAAAGUAAUGUACAGACAAGCUUGUGGAGAUUAAAGGACAUAGUGACUGUGUCUUCCUAAACGUUUCCCCCAGAUCAUUAGAGGAUGGAUGCUGCUCACAGAUGAGAGUCAGGCUGUGUCUGAAAGAGAUGUGCUUUCUUCUUCUCCUCUGUCGUCAAGAUGUCAGCCAGUCCCUUUCAUCUGUCUCCUCAAUAUUCUCAGUUUAUCGUGUUUGGAUCUGGUCGGGGGCCACUGACAGCUGCUGAUCUUUUUCGAUGACACGACACAAAAAGUCAAUGAGAAGCCCUGUCGCAGUGGGGAUGGCACAGAGCUCCCUCUGCCAUGACCUUUACCCAGCCAGGGUCUCAAAGACAGACAAACGUGUGUCCUCUUUUAUGAGAGAACGAGCGUAUGUGCCUGUGCUCAAGAUCUGCCUACAUUAAGACCCUUCCCCUCUUUCUAGUACAGUAGCCUCACCUUCCCUUCUUCACCCUGCCGUGGAAGAAACUCCCUUAUCGGACGAAAAGUUUACACCCCAUUCUUCCGAGCAUACACUCCCAGAAAAGCAUCGUCUACCUGUUUGGGUGCCUACUUCCUCCCCCUUCCUAAAUGAGCUGCAUGCUCCUGCUGGGAACCACCACAAAGAACGGGAGGGCAGCCAGUCCUCCAGGGGGCACCACACUGACAGUUGACAGUGACUGAUAGAAAAAGUCUUGGAUGAGCAAAUAAAACAAAAAACAAGUGUACAAUCUGUUGAACGUGGAGGAAUGCUUUGUAUUCAAGGACUAUUUUUAAAAAUGCAUGGAGAGACUGAUGGAUCGGCAUGAAAGGAUUUGACAAAUGGAGAAUGGAUACUUUAUUUUAUUUGUGCAGUUUGCUGGUUUCUUUCCUGUUUCAUUGCCUCUUUUUGGACAUUCUGUUAGAAAGAUUUACGUUAGGAUAUUUUGGUGCCCCUCAGAAGAAGGUCACAGUGUAACCAUCCCCACCCCAGCCUUUGACAUUCCUGAAUCUCAGCCCUCUGCCAUCAUUCCUUACUUUAUGUUCCAAGAACAGUCCAGUUGCGGCACGUUUACCUGAUCUGAUUGAUACUAUCCCCCUCUUUCCCCCCCCCCACCUCCAGAGGGACCCACUGAUCCCUGAGCUUCUCCAGAAAAGGCGGAUGGUCCCACGGAGGUUGCACUUGUCUUUGUAAAUGUCCUUCAGGGAUUUGAAACCUUUGUACAUAGAACUGAGAUCUGGCAACGCCGAUAAGCGAACAUGGACAUGGACAAAGCUUCAACUCACAAGCGUCAUUCCAAAAAAAAACAAAAACACAAAGGCUGUUGUGGGCAGAACUUCACUUCCUCUGGUACAGUGGGGGAGAGGGUCUGUCAUAGCUCCUGCCCUGGAGGAAUGUUCAGACUGAACUGCGCUCCCCGGUGGCCGAUUGAGGGUAUUGCAUUGCCACACACUGCUGCUGCUCUCAGUGCCAAUGCUCCAGGAUGUUCCACUUUCUCUCGCCACUUUGUCUCUAUCUCUCUGUCUCACACACACCGACACACACGCACACACAUAAACACACAACAACGUGCAUCAUCACAAUUAGUCCAGCUGCCUAUUUUUCGCAAUAAAUGAAAAAAAGAUGAUUAUAAGUAAAUGGUGAGAUAUUUUUAAAAACUAUUUAAUUCAUUAAAAAAAAAAGAAGACAACUUUUCUCUGGUUGUUGUGACUGUGACAGAAUCUCGUCUUAAGCUGAGGUGAUUGUGUUUGUCUAUUAGAGAUGUUUUUAUUUCUUUUGUCAUUAUUACUAUUAUUAUUAUUAAUUAUACUUAUUAUUGAAAAGGUUUUUUUACACAGUUGUCACCCCCCCCCCCCCCCCUCCCUACUUGAACAGUGCUGCUCUGUCUGGGCUCUUGAUGGUGAUUUAAAAAAAAAAAAUCAACAGUUUUGCAAUAAAGGGUAUGUGACAAGUUUUUUCUUUUUUUUUUGCACCAAAACCUCCUGAUCUCACUCUCUCAGCCAUGCUGACUGUUCUUCCUGAUGACAUUGACAGAUUCGCGUGUCUUGUCUGUGUUUUUCAUUGACAGAUUUAAUAAAAUUCUAAAUUAAUGGA